AUGCUGACCCAUCUGUUCCGUAUGCACGGCCUCCUGGUGGCCUCCCACGCCUGGGAGGUGAUCGUUGGCACGGUCACCCUCACCAUCUGUAUGAUGUCCAUGAACAUGUUCACCGGUAACGAUCAGAUCUGCGGCUGGAACUUCUACUGCCCCAAAACGGAGGAGCAAAUUCUGAGCAGUGACAUCAUCAUCCUCACCAUCACGCGCUGCAUCGCCAUUGUCUAUAUCUACUUCCAGUUCCAGAACUUGAGACAACUCGGUUCUAAAUAUAUUUUAGGCAUUGCAGGCCUUUUCACCAUAUUCUCCAGCUUCGUAUUCAGCAUAGUCGUCAUUCACUUCCUCGACAAAGAGCUCACAGGCCUCAACGAGGCCUUGCCGUUCUUCCUGCUUCUCAUCGACCUCUCCAAAGCAUGCGCCCUUGCCAAGUUUGCCUUGAGCUCCAGUUCUCAAGAUGAAGUGAGGGAAAACAUUGCUCGUGGCAUGGCGGUACUGGGACCCACCUUCACUCUGGACGCCCUGGUGGAGUGCUUAGUGAUCGGAGUGGGGACCAUGUCAGGCGUGCGGCAGUUGGAAAUCAUGUGCUGCUUUGGCUGCAUGUCUGUCUUGGCCAACUACUUUGUGUUCAUGACUUUCUUCCCAGCGUGUGUCUCCCUGGUGCUGGAGUUGUCCCGCGACAGUCAGGAGGGCCAUCCCAUCUGGCAGCUGAGCCACUUCUCCAGAGUCAUGGAGGAGGAGGAGGACAACAAACCCAACCCCGUGAGCCAGAGAGUCAAGAUGAUCAUGUCUCUGGGCCUGGUGAUGGUUCACGCCCACAGCCGCUGGAUCGCCGAGCCCUUGUCCAUCAACACCACAGUGGGCGUCCCACAGGUCGGCAUGGAGCUGGACCACCUCUUGCCCAGGAGGAUCGAGCCAGAGAGACCACUGUGGCACUUCUAUCUCACCAGGAUGAUCACCAUGGACAUAGAGCAGGUGAUCUGUCUGGCCUUGGCCCUGCUGCUGGCUAUCAAGUACAUCUUCUUCGAGCAGACCGAGAUGGAGUCUACUCUGUCGCUGAAGAACCCCAUCACCAUGUCCGCCCCGGCCCUGACCCCCCGGUGGCCCGCAGAGACCUGCUGCAGGAAGGAGCCGUGCCUUCCCCGAGCCCUCGCCCCCCCCGCCCCGAGCGCUGCUGCCCCGGCGCCUGCCAACAAGGCGGAGAGAGAUGAGGUGAUCCGACCCUUGUCCUCCCCGGCCGCUGAGCCCCGGCCGAAGAGCUUCUUCGUGGCGGGGGAUGAAGAGGAGGAGCAUAAGUCUGAGACGGAUCAGCCGAGCCUCCCCCCGAUGCCCAGAGAGCUGAACGAAUGCGUGGCCAUCAUCAACAACCCCGAGCUGGGGGCUCGUUUCCUGAGUGAUGCUGAGGUGGUGCGGCUGGUCAACUCCAAACACAUCCCCGCAUACAAACUGGAGGCCAUGAUGGAGAAACCAGAGAGAGGAGUGGCCAUACGUAGACAGAUGAUAUCUGCGAAACUCCCCUCCCCUUCUGCGCUGUCCACCCUGCCGUACACCGACUACGACUACUCCAAGGUUAUAGGCACCUGCUGUGAGAAUGUGAUUGGCUACAUUCCCGUACCAGUAGGCGUGGCCGGGCCGCUGCAUCUGGAUGGGAAGCAGUUCCAGGUUCCCAUGGCAACCACGGAGGGCUGCUUGGUUGCCAGCACCAACCGCGGAUGUCGAGCAAUCGCUCUGGGAGGCGGAGCCAACUGUCGUAUCCUGGCUGACAGCAUGACUCGAGGACCCGUAGUGAGACUGCCCUCUGCCUGCCACGCCGCUGAGGUCAAGGCCUGGCUGGAGAGCACAGACGGUUUUCAGGCCGUCAAAGAGGCGUUCGACAACACCAGCAGGUUUGCGCGGCUCCAGAAGCUGCUGGUUGGUCUGGCUGGGAGAAAUCUCUACAUCCGCUUCCAUUCCAAGACCGGAGACGCCAUGGGGAUGAACAUGAUCUCUAAGGGUACAGAGCAGGCUCUGAGCACACUGCAGCAGCACUUCCCAGAGCUGCAGGUGAUUGCUGUCAGCGGGAACUACUGCACCGACAAGAAACCAGCAGCCAUCAACUGGAUCGAAGGCCGGGGCAAGUCUGCCGUCUGUGAGGCCACCAUCCCCGCUAAAGUGGUCAGAGAGGUUUUGAAAACGUCGACGGCGGCUCUGGUGGAGGUGAACAUCAGUAAGAACCUGGUGGGCUCAGCCAUGGCAGGCAGCAUUGGUGGAUUCAACGCGCACGCAGCCAACCUGGUGGCUGCCAUCUACAUAGCCUGUGGACAGGAUCCGGCCCAGUCGGUGGGCAGCAGUAACUGCAUCACCCUGAUGGAGGCGUCGGGGCCAACGGGGGAGGACCUCUACAUCACCUGCACCAUGCCCUCCAUAGAGCUGGGCACCGUAGGAGGAGGCACCAGCCUGCCCCCCCAGCAAGCCUGCCUCCAGAUGCUGGGCGUGCAGGGAGCCAGUCAGGACUGUCCGGGGGACAACGCCCGGCAGCUGGCCAGGGUCGUGUGUGCCACCGUGCUGGCUGGAGAGCUCUCACUGAUGUCUGCCCUGGCUGCCGGCCACCUGGUCAAGAGUCACAUGACACACAACAGAUCCAAGGUGAACCUACAGGAGACUCCAGGAACCUGCACCAAGAAGGCCUCCUGAGAGCCUGAGGGGAGCCCGGCCUCCUUCAGUGAGACCAGGUCACCUGAGGGACCAGUACACCCGGGGAAAUAUGGACAAUGUGAAAGGGACUAAUCAUUCAUCAAGACAAAAGACCCCAGAUGUCUUCCAAGUGCUCUUUGACCAAUCUCUAUGCUGGAUAUGAAAACCAUAUAUUAAUUUUCUGUUUCACGGGGCUCGAAGCAGAGCAGUUAAUUACUGUCAUCUUUUAUUUCCACAUGAUCAUCCUAAAGAAGCAAAACCAGUGGCUCAACUCACCUCCGCACUGCAUUUCCACAACCAAAGAAAAUGACUUUAAAGAACAGUGUUGAAGAAGUAGGUGUUUUAAUCGAGACAAAGUGCUGUUGUCGCUGUGUGAUGAUGCAAACAGUCUUCAUUUUAAAGUAGAUUACGCCUCGUUCCCGCAUAGCUCUGUGUACGUAAGUGAGUCAACUGAUCCAUUCAUUCCUACAGGAAUGGAAAAAUCCUCCCUCUGUUUUUUGUUUUUAUUUUGGUCCGGAAUUUACCUCGAGGGUUGGUCAAAAAUACGAACUUGUGCAUCGGGUUUCGAUAUAAACAUGUGUGCACAUGUGGGCCUGUUAGCAUGAAAUGCUAUCUUCCUCUUAGAAUGAGAUGCUAUCAUGAAAUGUUAACAUGAAAUGCUAUCUUAGCAAAUUGUUAACUGCUCGAAGAAUGUUUGAAAAGUUCCAUGGCACAUUUAGCUAACUGCAUGCUAGCUGUGUAACAUAUAGAGUGCAUUACACGCAUAGCGGUCCAUACAUCUUUUUUUUUAAAUAUAUAUUUCACAAAGCGGCGAAAAACUGACAUUAGCAUGUCUCCCAUUUCUGCGGUGGCGAAAUGGGCUGAAAAAGAAAAUAGCGUCUGCUCCAACAAACGUUAGCAGCUAACACAUCGUUCAUCCGCGAAGAGGUGCAUUUCCUUGCUUUGAACACUAGGGGGCGUACUCCCUACAGUACCGAAUGCAGAGCUACUGACACAAAUGUGAACUGGAAAUGUGGAGUGAGCGUGCACCGUUGGUGCUUCAAAAUGUAAUGUGGGUGAAAUGAAUUCAGUGAUGGUGAGUCUAGCAGAUGGCAAAUAUUUUGGAUAUAUUUUGUAAUAAAUACAAAAGGACUAUACAAUG